ACGACGGAGCCGUAUACAAAGGUUGAAAGGUACAACUCGAUUCAGCACAAAACCAGCUGAAAGCCAAAACCCCACACCGAUUGGAGAGAAACCAAGAACACGAAGUCGGAAAACUCUCCAUUGCAGAAGCUUAAUCGUUUCUGCAGAGACAUCAACUCGCGUUGUUGCUGAAUUCGCUCGAACCCUAGCUUCGCUUUGACCCUAUCGCGUGUCUUUGCACUGCCAUUACGAUGGUACCAAGCGAUGGAGAUCCUGUGAUGGGAAAGAGAAAGGGGGAAGAGUUGAUUGCUCCUGAGGGCAAUAAGAAAAAGAAGAAGAAGCAAAUUUCCACACCCCGUCCCGCUUGCUCCUGGGUGCAUUUUAGCCGCGAGUUUAUCAAAGAGUAUAGUGCUUCCCAUCCUGAAUCUUCGGGCUUGAAAGCUGCCACAAAAGCAGCCUCUGAUGCAUGGAAGUCAAUGAGUGUUGAGGAAAAAGCUAAAUACACUAGGCGUGCCCGUGAAGUGUGGGAUAACUACUUAAGCAGUGCACCUGCCCGUGUCCCGAAACCAAGAAGACAGGCCAAACUAAUCACCAGGUGCUCUCCUGGCCGUUUAUUCAAUGUGAUGCAACGUUUUACCCCGGAUCAAAAAGCUGCGGUAGGAAGUAUGGGAUUUGGCAGCCUUCUCAGACUCAGAUGCCGAACCCUGCGAAGGAGUUUGUGUCUUUGGCUCUUGGAGAGGUUCAAUACUGUGCGAAGUAGCUUGAAUAUUUGCGGUGAGCGCAUCCCUUUAUCACCACAUGAUGUGGAACUUGUGCUGGGACUAGCAGCAAGUGGGAAAGAUGUUGUGAACUCGGGCCCUGAUGACCUAAUUGCAGAAUUACGUCAAAGUUACAAUGCUUCGAAUCGGGGGAUCUCCCUCCGUCUCCUAGAAGACAGGUUGGCAGUUCCAGAAGCAGGGGAUGAUUUUAAGAGGUCAUUUAUUCUCUAUGCAUUGGGCACUCUUCUGUGCCCCACUGCAAGGCUGGAUGUAAGCCCUUCUUUCCUCCAUUUCUUGACAAAUAUGGAUGUCAUCCAUCAGUAUAACUGGGGUCAAUUCUUACUUGAUCGGCUAGUUCGAGAGGUGUCACGAUUUAGGCAAGGGAAGCAACGUGCAGUUGGUGGCUGUCUUUUAUUUCUACAGCUUUUCUACUAUGAGAGAAUCUCUGUUGGAGGACCUUGCGAAUUUGUUCCUACUGUUAUUCCAUGCUUGUCCUCAUGGGGUGAGGAAGAAAUUACUGAGAGGGAGAAGCGAGAAAAGGAGCUUGGUGGUUAUGGACGUGGUGAGGUGAUCUACAAGGAGAGCAGCCAUGGGAUGGAGUUUGUGGCAGUGAAGUCUCAACUAGAUGAAAUGCCAGUGGGAAAAGUGGGCACCGCCAUUGAACAUGAUCUUGUCUUUGCUAUCGAGGGUAACCUGGCAAAAGAUGAUCAAGCAAAUGGAGAAAUUGGUAUGGGGGAGGCAAACGAGCAUCAGGUAGAUGAGGAAAUUGUUGCAAUGGAGGCAAAUCUGCCAGCUGAUCUUGAUGAAGGAAAUGCGGUCUGUGAGGAUGUUGCGGAAGUUGUUGAACCAGUUGGAGCACUCUGCCGAAACCAUGAGUCUGGUUGCACAGAAACAGUGGAUUAUAUGGAGAAAAGUAACCAUGAAGAAACAUGUAUAUUUGCACCAUGUGGAUGUCCCCUUCAGGAUUGCGGUUUUGUUGGUUCAUCUGAGCAGUUGUCACUACACUUCAGUGGUAAACAUUGGGAUUCUGGAAGGCGUUUCCGGUACAACUGCCCUUUGCCCGUAUCCAUACACAAAGAUGAACAGUUCCUUGUUCUUCAAGCAGAGGAAGAUGGUCUCCUUUUUCUCCUCAACAAGGGGAUUGAAAAUAUCGGGUGGACGCUGAUGAUAACUUGUAUAGCUCCAAGCUCCUCAAAGGACCAGUUCUUCUAUGAUCUUGUUUUGGAAAGAGGCAUCAGCUCUCUUAGACUGAAAUCAUGGACCCAAAAUUUUCUGGGGAGAGUGGAAGUUAUGCCUCCCAUAGAUUUUCUUCUGAUUCCAUUUGGUUAUCUUAAUUCAUCAGGGCAGCUGAAUAUGGAGGUUUGUAUAUGGAAUUCAACAGAACUUGCUGCUGAUUAACCCUUCAUUUUGAACAUUAUGGGAAGACUUAUUUAUUGUA